CAGCUUUAGGCGAGCGUUGGACACCGAUGCAAGCAUUCUUUGUUAUCAUGGGGGGUUUCUAUGCUUAUAAGCGAGAACCCGGCCGGCGACCUGGAUCCGAGCAACCUUGCUACCCAUUGAGCGGAGAUACAAUGCUCAAGCUCGUGCGGCAAGGCAAAGUUGCAUUGCCGUCAGAAGAAGAGAUUGACGAUAGAAACAAGAGCGAUUGGUUUGCAAAGCUCCUCGUACUCUUUCAGACCACCUGGUUCGUGGCCCAGUGCAUCGCUCGAAAAAAGGAGGGGUUGCCGUUGACAGAGCUAGAGAUCGUGACGCUCGCCUAUACGGUCGUAAACUUUGGCACGUCCCUUGCGUGGUGGAGCAAGCCCCGGAACGUCAAUCGACCGAUUGCUAUCGUCUCCCUGCGAAGCGCGAUUGCGCAAAAGCGGGAGACGAAUAGAGAGAGCGAUAUCGUGGACGAGGAUCCCCCCAGCUGGGACCGAGCAGCUCGACUGCUUUUACCUGGUUUUGAUAGCGAUGUUGACGUCGAGUCGCUGAGAGCCGUCCCGAUAUUCUACUCUGGCAAACUCGAUUGGGCGCAGACCAAACAAGCAACAAAGAGCUGGGCGUUGUUUAAUAUAGCCACGUUGCUAGCGGCAAAUCUUGUGGCGAGUUUCUUCGGUGGUGAUGCUCUCUGUACCUGUAUUACUCUGCUUGAGCACAUUAGUAGUACUAGUCAGGACAAGAUGCUUUUCUGA